AUACUGGAUCGGGUUUCACGGACCCGAGCUCGGCCGCCCAGUCAACAACCGGCUGCCUCUGGCCCGACGCUGCUCAUAGAAAUGUGUACAUAUCUCUCCCCAAUACUUCCCAGUCUAUAUCAUCCACCUGUCUCCUCGUCCUCUGUACAAACAUUUAACUUGCAAGAAGCGCCUCUCGUUGUACAGUACAGUACAUCCCAACAACACAAAUCCAAUGUCUAAGCUAAAGGUCCUCAUCGUGGGCGCCUCCAUCGCAGGCCCGACGGCGGCCUACUGGCUCGCCAAAGCUGGAGCAAGCGUCACCAUCAUCGAGCGCUUCCCAAAUAUGCGCACCAACGGACAGAACAUCGACAUCCGCACCGCCGGCGUCACCGUAAUGCGCAAGAUGCCGGGGAUGGAGGCGGCCGUGCGAGCCAAGACGAUAGACAUAGAAGGCAUCAGCGUCGUCCGCGACGACGGCCGGCCAUACGGGACUAUCAGGGCCACCGGGAAUCCCGACCAGCAGUCGUUCGUCUCCGAGUUCGAAAUCUUCCGCGGCGACCUGGCGCAGAUCCUCUUCGACCUGACCAAGGACAAUGAGAACAUCAACUAUGUCUUUGGCGAGCAGGUCACCUCGAUACAGCAAAACGAACAGGACGACGGGCCCGUCACCGUCGAGUUCGCGAACGGCUUCCCCACUUCGGAAUACGACCUUGUCGUUGCCUGUGACGGUGCGACCUCGAGGACUCGAGCGAUAGGUCUCGGCUGCGGUGUCCGGGACCACAUCAGACCGACGAACUGCUGGGCGGCUUUCUUUUCCAUCGAACAAGAUCUUCUCAAGGGAAGUAAGAUGGGACACGCAUACAGCGCCCCGGGGGGCCGCUUUGUCGUUGUUGGAUCCGAUCCAUCGGGCGGGAGUCGAGUGACGCUGAUGAGUAUUCACCCGCGCGAUGACCGCGACGCCACGCUGCCGUUCCGCGAGGCCAUGAAGCAGGGAGACGAUGCGCUCAAGCGGUUUGUAGCCCAGCACUACAAGGGAGCCGGCUGGAAGACCGACGAGGUGGUCGAGGGCGUGAUGGACUCACGAGACUUCUACGCCAACGAGAUUGUCCAGGUCAAGACCCCGAGCCUGUACAGAGGACGCUUUGUUUUGGUUGGUGACGCGGGCUACGCACCGAGCUUGACUGGUGGCGGUACGACUCUCGCCAUCGCCGGCGCCUACGUGUUGGCGGGCGAGGUCGGCAAGCAUAAAGGCAAUCUUGCGGCAGGACUCAGGGGCUACGAAGAGCAAAUGAGGCCAAUCAUCGAUGAUCUGCAAAAGAUUCCACCGCUUGUUCCGACCAUCUUUGCGCCGCAGACGGUUUGGGGGAUAUGGCUGCGAAACAAUAUUUUUGCUUUCAUCGCUUGGACCAGGAUCUUGGAAUUCGUUCAGAAGUACUUCGCCAGCUCCUUUGCCAGCGCUGAUAGAUACGGGCUGCCGGAUUAUGAAUGGGUGGCUUGAAAGCAUCGCAC